GCUUUAUUUUUCAACUUUUGGGCCAUAACGCUCAAAACUCUCGUCCAACAUCCAUUACAGGCCCAAUCUCAAUUCAUCUUAUAUCGUAGUUCUACACAUGAGCAGAAAGGUUCUCUUUUUGCUUCUUCCUGAAUUAACAUGGGAACACGAGAGGUAUACGAAGAAAAGCUGAAGAGAGGGAAUCUCCAUCAUGAUCCUACAAUCAAACCUGGCCUUGGAUCUGCUAGAUGCCCUCGAUGCCUUUCGCUCUUGAACUCCACUUCAAAAAGUGGAGAAUGGGUGAUUACUCCUGUUCUGCAUGAUUUCACGGCGGUGGCUGGCUCUGGAAUUGGUGGACUGCUCAGUGCAAUUCAUGGACUCAAUACAGGAAUUCCUUUCGUCCAGAGACACGUGAAGGGUCCAAAGUGGCUUCCAUUUGUUGUAGGGCUUCCUCCACUACUCAUGUUCUCUGCAGCUAGUGCAGCAUUUGGAGGAUAUGUACUUCCAAGGUUUACUCAACUAACGAUGACUUCAUAUUACGCUGCUUCAAGUGCAUCACAUUAUGGAGUAUCAUUGCUUACCAGACGUAUAGAGGAGGCCCAUACUUCUGGUGUUCAACGUAAAAGGCUCAGCUGAUUGAUUCGAGGUGCACAAAAUCAGAGCCAAACGUUACUUCAUAUUUUGCAAUGAAUUAUAUAUAGCUGGAGCAAUUGUUAAUUCUAAAGAUGUUCUAUGCUUUGGUGUACAUCUUUUUUGAUAAAAUAUAUAGUUUUUAUUUUGUAAUAAUAGGGGAGUUUGUGCCUAGGAAUGUUUGAACUUGGAAGAAAACACUUGUGCUUCAGUUUUUAACUGCUAAAGGAAUAUUUGAUGCUGAAUAGUGGUAAAUAGCCAAAAUGGCAAAGUUAUUGGACGUU